ACCACGAGGCGUUAUCGACAUAUAUACAGCACUAUACAAGGUGUUAAUUAUUUAACAUUUCACUAUACUAUUAUUUUUGGACAGUGUAAUAUUAGUGAUUAAGUGUUAAUGUGAUGUUUGAAUAUUUGGAGUGAUUUUUUGAUAUUUUAGACGUCAGUGAUUGCCUUUCAAGAUGAGACGUCGAUUUUGUCAACUGAAUUUGGGCGCAGUGAAUAGUAAGCGAAAUAUCACCACAACCGCCCAGUGUCAGCAAGCUGAUGGAUUAGAAUUAGGUGUGAACAGCAAGCAGCGAACAUGUCCAGUCCAUCAGCGGCCGCGAUCCACUCAUGCAGCGCUGGAGACCCCAGUCUUCGGCACCGCCACAUCAUCAGCCAAGUCUUGGGAGGAAGUGCCUGGCCCUAAACCUCUGCCGCUCUUAGGCAACACCUGGAGAUUUGCGCCUUACAUUGGCAACUACUCCGUGGAGCAUGUGGACAAGGUGUGCCUAUCUCUCCGCGAGCAGUACGGCGACUGCGUGAAGAUGGCUGGACUUCUAGGAAGACCUGAUAUGUUGUUUGUGUUCGAUGCCAGAGAAGUGGAAAGGGUGUUUCGGUCAGAAGAUGGGGCACCGCACAGACCUGCAAUGCCGUCCCUUAAUUAUUACAAGCACGUUUUGAGAAAGGAUUUUUUCAGCGCCGAAGAAAACUGUGCUGGUGUGAUAUCCGUGCACGGGGAUUCAUGGUCAGCAUUCCGAACUAAAGUAUCCAGGGUUGCGUUGAGCGUCAGUGCUGCAGCGCAGUAUACGGAGCCAGUGGCUGAAGUCGCCGAUGAUUUUGUUUACAGAAUAAGCAAAAUAAGGAACAAGGACCUAGAGACGCCAGAUGACUUCUUGAAUGAAAUUCACAAGUGGUCCUUAGAAUCUCUAAGCCUCAUCGCCCUAGACACUCGUUUAGGCUGUUUUGACGCUUGUGCCGGCUCCGACAGCCAACGACUCAUUGAUGCCGUCAACACAUUCUUCCUGUGCGUGGGAGAACUGGAACUGAGAGCACCCUGGUGGAGAUUAUAUCCCACCAGGAUGUUCAAACAAUAUGUGGCUGCAUUGGAUACCAUCCUCAGUGUGACUCUAAAAUACGUGGAGAGGGCACUGGAGGACUCAAAGACAGGCGGCAACAAGUCGCUGCUGCAGGAACUGGUGACGGCCGCGGGGCCGCGUGUAGCGGCCGUGGCUGCUCUGGACAUGUUCCUCGUUGGCAUUGAUACUACAUCCAACGCCGUGGCCUCUAUUUUGUACCAGCUGUCACUCAGACCUGCUGUCCAAGAGAAGUUGUACGAGGAAAUCACCAAAGUUCUUCAAAACAGACCCAUGAGACCGGGAGACGUAAACCAGAUGCCUUAUUUGAGAGCUUGCGUGAAGGAAGUUCUGAGAAUGUUUCCAGUGGUGGUCGGCAACGGUAGGCAGCUGACAAAAGACACAGUAAUUUGCGGAUAUCACAUCCCCAAGGGAACGCAAGUGAUAUUCCAACACUACGUAAUGAGUAACAGCGAAGAGAACUUCGUUUCCGCCUCAGAAUUCCGGCCGGAGCGGUGGUUAUUGAAGACAUCGGGCAAACAUCACGCAUUCGCUUCGCUUCCGUUCGGGUUCGGACGCAGAAUGUGUUUAGGAAGAAGAUUCGCUGAGUUGGAGAUACAUACCGUUAUAUGCAAGAUAGUUCAAGCCUUCAGAAUGGAAUACCACCACGAACUGUUGGACUACCACAUACAUCCCAUGUACACGCCCAAUGGACCGAUACGAUUGAAAAUGAUUGAACGCUGAUUGACAGAUUGACAUCAAUAAAACUCAGUAGUAGUAUAAUUUCGUCCAUUGGGACAGGCGAAGGUACUAAGCCAUACUGCCAAGUCUUACGAUCAAUAAAACUCAAUUGACUGCUGAAUCGAUAGGUUAAGUCUUAGAUUAAAACAAAAAGGGUUACGCACCUGUUUUCUAUAAUCAGUUUUGUGAGACUGUAUAUUCAAUUCAUUGUUUAAUUGUUGUAUUUUAAUAGUACUCAAUAAAAUAGAAAAACGCCUGAUGAAACUGAUUUGCAAUCCCUCGUUUCUAUGCAGUCGCCAUUUUGAAUUUUAAUAGAAUUACGCUCUGAAACUAAAUAAAAGAAUUGUAGCACAUGUAGGUACUAUAGGAAUUAUACAUUAAAAUUAGAGUUAUCACACUAAUAUUAUAUAUGCGAAAGUUUGUGAGUGUGUAUGUUUGUUACUUCUUCACGUCGAAACGGCUGGAGCGAUUUUAAUAAAAUUUGGUAUGGAGUUAGCUGACACCCUAGAAUAACACAUAGGCUACUUUUAUCCCGAAAAAAUGUUAGGUUCCAGAGGGAUUUUCAAGAAACUAAGUUAACGCAGACGAAGUCGCGGGCGACCUCUAGUUUAAAAUAAAUCGUUUGAACGCGUGCCUACUUAGUAUUCUUUGUACGGAAAAGUGCAGUUAAGUUAAGUUUGUUUCACCUACCGAUGAAAAUGUAGGGUGUAUUCCGAAUCAAACACCAGUAGGUACUCUGGCCAGUGGUAAUGACGUCAUGAUUUCGACGCCAUAUACCACUGGCCAGCGUACUGUUUUAUAUUUCGGAAUACACCAGUGUUUUUUUAUGUGUAAUAUAAUAUUUGUUCGCGCUUGUAGUGCAGUCAUUGAAGCGAAAAAUACGGUCUUACCUCCGAAUUUUUUAACUGUGAACCGAUUUGCAUGAUAUUUUGGAAUUAGGCUCAUCUUACCCUUAACUUCAAAAGUGAAAAUGAUCUGAACUCCGCCUAUUAUUUUUAAGGGGUGUAAACAACCCCUUAAUGGAAAAAUUGACAUUGAGCCAUUUUAUCGCUAGAAAACAUGUCUAAUAGUAAGUGGUGAAAUUGUAAAGUAUUUUCUAACAUAAUUACCUCAUAUUAAAAUCAUUUUCAAACCCUUGAAAAUCAUACAACCCUUGCAAACAACCCCUAAAUUGAAAAAAUCACAAAAAAAUACUUUGGUAUGACAUAAAAAGAUGUAAGUAUAGAGUAAGUAAUAUUUUAUAUUCUCUAUAAUAAUUAUCAAAUUUUUAACCCCCUUUCAACCCUUGAAAACUACCCCUUGAUAAAAAAUUGUUAAAAAUUAUUUUUUUGAUAAAAUGAAUGAAAUAUAAGGACAUGGUAUGUAUUCAUGCCUACGUUUCCAAAAUAUAUGAGCCAUUUUAUGUAUAUACUAGUGGCCCGCCCUCGCAUCGCUUCGGUGUAGAGUUGAAGUGUAGACUACAGUUUUUGUUCUCAGGCUUGUAUUAUACACAAGGACAUUCAUCUAUGAUUCUUCUUAUACCUGCAUGCAAAGUCUCAGCCUGAUCGGUUUCUAAAGUUAAUUCUAGGCGGAAUACGAUUAAUUUUAAUUUUGGUGGAAAUGGCACUUAUGAAACCCAUUGAUUUAAAAAAAAAACAUUAGAUGCUCCCCUUAUUUGCAAUACAGCUCACUUAUUUUACGUGCAAAAGACUUUUAAUAGUGCUUAUUUUAAAGCUUAUUUCAAAGACUACAAAACCCUUUUGUGUCUUCUUCAUCGUCGUUUCCUCGUGGCUGAGGGUCGUGACCUUUCAGGACAGCACAUUUCACCAACGAUCUCCAGACUGUUCUGUGUUCUGCAAGGCGGAUGGACGCCUGCAAGUUGCCAUUCGUAGUUUCUUUAACUAUGUCCAACCACCGGGAUGGAGACCUGCCCCUACUCCUCUUGCCUUCGACGUUUCCAACGACCAAAAGCUUUUCAAAAUUAUCCGGGCUUCUCCUUGCUACGUGACCGAAGUAUUUUAGGAGGCGCUGCAUGCAGACAGAAGAGAGACGCGUCUUGAUACCCAGCUCCU